AUGAUGAAUGCAGAAGGACUUCUGCAGAAGAUGAUGGCCAAACUAGACUUGGUCAUGCCGCAACAGGAAGGCAAGGGCACGAUGCCCAAGCCUAACGGAGAGGAGAGCGCCGAUGAGAAGGAUGGGGAGAAGAGUACGACCGGACCCAAGGGCGACGACAGCGCGGGCCGCGACACGUCGGUGGUUCGUGGUAGCUGCGACCAGGACCGUCCCAUGAUAUUUGGAGGCCCUGUUCGAAAAUUUAAAAUGUGGCCCUAA